UGUGCGUAUCCUGCUACGCAUGCGCACUGAGCACUGUCUAACAGCACCAUCAACAGACUGGGGAACAAGCAGCCAGAAGAGAGGCACAAGCUGGCGUUUUGUUUACCUCCAAAAGAAGAAGAUAACAUUUUCUCAACAUGUCUGGAUUUGACGAGAACCCAUUUGUAGAUGCAGUGGAUGUCAAUCCUUUCCAGGAUGCCUCAGUCACACGAAUCACCAGCGGUGGGAUUGAAACCGUUGAGGAAUUCAACCCAUUCUCAGCCAGUGCUAUGGGCACCCACACUGGGACCACCAUCCCUAUCUCUGCUGCCUCCUCCCAACCAGCUGUCCUACAGGCUUCUGCUGUGGGGCCCACCCCACAAGCUACUGCGGCUGCUGCCCAGGCUAACCUUCUCAGGCAACAGGAGGAGCUGGAGAAGAAAGCUGCUGAACUGGAUCGGAAAGAGCAGGAGCUCCAGAACAGGCCUGGAGGCCACAUUACAAAAGAAAACAACUGGCCGCCACUUCCCAAGUUUUCCCCCAUAAAGCCUUGUUUCUACCAGGACUUCAACGAAGACAUCCCUGAAGAGUACCAGAAGAUAUGCAAGAGGAUGUACUACCUUUGGAUGUUUCACAGUAUCACACUCUUCCUGAACCUUCUGGCCUGCCUGGCCUACUUCACUGCCGAUCCAAACGCGGGGGUGGACUUUGGUCUGUCCAUCCUCUGGUUCGUCCUCUUCACCCCCGUCUCUUUCGUCUGUUGGUACAGGCCAGUGUACAAAGCCUUCAGGUCGGACAGUUCCUUCAGCUUCUUCUUCUUCUUCUUUGUUUUCUUCUUCCAAGUGUCUGUCUACAUCAUCCAGUGUGUGGGGAUCCCCAAGUGGGGGAACAGUGGAUGGAUUUCGUCCAUCACCAUGAUAAGAAGCAACAUGGCUGUAGCUGUGGUGAUGAUGGUUGUGGCCGGUUGCUUCACUGUGAACGCUGUCCUCGCCAUCAUCCUACUCAAAAUGGUCCACUCCAACUAUCGUCGGACGGGGGCCAACUUCACCAAGGCCCAGCAGGAGUUCUCUUCGGGGGUCCUCACCAACCAGACCUUUCAGAGCGCCGCGGCCAGCGCCGCCUCCUCAGCCGCCCAGGGGGCCUUCCAAGGACGCUAGUGAUCCUAAAGCCACAGGGCCAGGUUCCUCCUAACCUUUCUAGGCACCUCUCACUCACUCCAAGCCCCGUUUUGUCCCAUGUCCUCAGUGUCUCUGCAGAGGCAACAGAAAUGGCUGAAAGGACAGAAACUAGACUGGUAUACAGGAACAUUACAAUUUACUGCUGUAUCAUGGACAUUCUCUAACCACAGCCAUUGAUGCAUAAUCCCAAUUCAACCACUAGCCCCGUGUAUUCAAUGUGGUGGAAAAUCUGGUAGCUAAUCAGAGGGUAUAAAUGGAGCUAUUACCAUGUUGAUUGGACUUAUCCAAGUGUCUGGAGGUUGGUUUGGGAUUGGGGUGUCUUGCUGGUAUGGGGGUUUGGUUUGGGAUUGGGGUGUCUAGCUGGUAGGGGGCUAGGGUUGGAUUGGGGUGUCUAGCUGGUAGGGGGCUAGGGUUGGUUUGGGAUUGUGGUG